AAAUUUGCCACCUGCCCAGAAACUCCUGGACUCAACGAGAGUGGCUUUCAUCCAUUGUCUGUCCUCCUAGCUGGCCUUGGUCGCACGGGCACCCUGAUUGGUUGCUAUGUCAUGAAGCAUUACAGGAUGACGGCAGCUGAGACCAUCGCCUGGAUCAGAAUCUGCAGACCGGGCUCGGUGAUUGGACCUCAGCAACAGUUUUUGGUCAUGAAACAGUCGAGCCUCUGGCUGGAAGGGGAAUAUUUUCGUCAAAAGUUGAGAGGUCAGGAGAAUGGACCUCACAGAACUGCCUUCUCCAAACUCCUCUUGGGUGUGGAUGACAUUUCAAUAAAUGAGGUGGAGAAUCAAGACAAGGAGGCAGCCGAGCCGUACAGUGAUGACGACGAGGUCAAUGGAGUGACACAAGGUGAUCGACUUCGGGCCCUGAAAAGCAGAAGACAAUCCAAAGCAAACGCUGUGCCCCUCACAUGUUCCUUAGCUGUGCUGACCUCUGCACUGUGUAGUGUUGUCAUCUGGCGGAUUGUGUGUGACUGCAUCCUUCCCAUCCUGCUCUUCUGUCUCGAUGGCUUCAGAGCACAGUAGCCAUCAGGACCCUUUGACAGAUAGCCGCUGUUCCAUCCAUUUCAAGGACUAAAGCAGUCUUGCGUUAAAGUUAAGCCUGUGACCAGAACUGAAAGGAAGGACUAGGAACAGAAAACUGCAGCAAGACUUAGCACAAUUUAUCUGAGAACAAAACAAACUUGUAAGAGCCUUAGUGGCUUGCCACCUAAGCACGGUAUCCAAUGAAGAAAGUGCCACUGGAGUUUCUUUGGGGUGCACUUGAACGACAUGAAGGGCCCAACUCUCCUUUCUGUAGUAUCGUCUCAAGCCGAACAACGAAGAUCCUGUGGCAAACUUAGUCUCAGGUGUACAUAUCCCGGUCCCUGCCGUCCCAGAGAGCUGCCUGGUCCCGGUGGCGUGUGUCCUCUGUGAUGGAAGUCACGUCCGCUGCUGCCCUUGAGAACAGCGAGGACUUUUACGUGUUUGGUUUUUUUGUCCUCCUGGGCCCGUGUGUGGAGAUGUCUAAAGAUAAACAGACAUGACUGCGUGAUACUUUCUGUGACAGGACUGCUUGGUCACCUUCCCUUCUUUUCUGUGACACUGUUGCAGCGGUCUCUCUGUGAAGUACCCAAGCUGCUGGCUUUCCACCAAAGAGUGCUUUACUGACAAGAAUCUGUGAACACUGACCACGUUUACACAGUGUCACACGUUGGGUGUGACAUUGGUACUUGGGUCACCUAAAACGUGCCAGAGAAUUCAAUGGAAGCUUUAGAAGACUCAGGAGCAGAAACCAGCUUCCGAGUCGGAGGAUUAGCUUAAGUCCUUUUCAUGUCACUUAGAACUGGAGGUUUGCAAGGCCAAGCGUUCUUGGGUUGCUCAGUCCUCCCCUGCGUGGGGGGCAGGGAAACCCCACUGUUGCUUUCACCUUGGCAACAGCAAUCUCAAGUGAUGCUGGCUUUCCAAACGCAGAUGUCCACACUCCGGAGUGUCUUUCUCGGUAAUGCUGUGCAUUUCUGUUUCUUCAUAUGUGGUCAACCCAAGACCACUCACCUCUGAUUUCAGUGGUUUUCGGUUGUGUGUAGUCGAGAGCUCACCGCUGCCUUUGGUUAGGGAACAAAAUUAGUAACUUUGCUGAGUGCCUUCCCCCCAACCCUUCUGAAACGCAGCAGAGCCUGUGACCUAAAGCAAUCGCAAAACCAGAACUUAUCUGCUUCUUUAAAAGGAAAAAAAUUCACGGUCCAGAAUGAAGGCCUGUUUUGGAGUCACCUCGGUAACUGCCGUAGUAAGUAAGGGUUUUACUUCUUGGGAGCUGAGUUUUGUCCGUCCUAGUUUGGAGGGACACAGCGUUGAGACAGCAGACAGCAGAUGCCUUCCUAAGACAGAUGAAUGUACCAGGUGAGCAGGUGAUUCCUCUUCAGAAGCUGCCUGUUUCCCAGUUGGGAUAAGCAGGUUAAAGUUCGUUAAUGCAGAAAGUCACUGGGAGACAGUGGCGGUCCUGUUUGUGUUCCGCCCUCGGAGGAAAGGCUGGGAUUGAGUGGGGAUGAGGAAGUCAGGGUCACAGCCACACCAGUAGCUCUUUCCCCAUCAGGCACAAGGGAGUGGGACGACGCCUGUGUUUACACACUGGGGACCACAGUGACUUUCUGUCCCUGGAAACACAUCGGUAUGGGGUCCGGGUGAGAGGAAGCACUUGCUGUGCUGUGCUGAGACAGUUUUAAAUAUUCAGACUGCGCCCGGGCACGCAUGCCAAGUUCUCAGGGCAGCUCCCUCCCCGGGCACCACCGUGACUGACCCAUGCGAGCCCCGCUUGGUCUUUUCCUUCCAUCAGAACAGGCAGUCGUGCAGCCCACAGCGGUUCUGCCAAGUCCUGCCUCCCUGCUGCUGAGUAAGCCACUUGGGGUCUUUUCCAGAGGUUAAGACCCUUGGGCUUCAGUGGUCACCACAGUUUGUUUUUUUAUUUAUCAGUUGCUUUUCUGGUGUUGGCCGCUCAAGUGUCAGUCUAGAAUCGCCAUCCCUGGGGUCCCUGUCCUCAGCUCAGCGCAGUGAGUCACAGGGAACUUGUGACUUGGUGUAGACCAGUUCCUUGGCACUCUCAGAUGGCUGGGGCAGUGUUCGGGGUGGAUUGCGUGGCAACAGUGUUAGCUUAGCAGGACACCUAGACAGACUCCAGGAAGCCCGGGGGUCUGACUGACAGAAGGUUCUUUCUGCUGUGCAUGGGGGCACUGCACCCAGCACCCCCAGAAUCUUCUGGGGUUCUAACUUCUGAUCCUAGUCACAGAAGACCGUGUUACUGUGGAGUACGAAGCAGGGUGUGUCAGAUGGAGACUCAUUUAACCAAAGAGCCUUAAAUAGUGUUGAAAGUACGCCAAGACCACGUCCAGUGGGAUUAAAAUUAGAAACGAAUAAGCUUUGUGGGGACCCAGAUCCCCAAGGAUCAGAGAGGGUCCAGAGGGGAGUGUGUGCCAACCUGGGCUCCUGGAAGUGUAGCCAGCGGGGCAGAGGGCUUGGUGAGCCGUGCCUCAUUCAAGGCAGCCUUAUCUUAACUUGUCCUCUGUGGCUGCUGCCCAGCCACACGCUGCUCUGCUUGUCCCCUCCCAGUUCCAGACUCGCUGCCCUUCACCCGCCUGCCCCUCUCCAGGGCUGCUUCUCCCUCCUGGCGAGUUCCCAGGCUUCUGGGCACCGUGUGCCAGGAGGUCCCCAAGGAGCCUUCUCUUUGUUCAGUUACCGUCCAUGACAAGAGAGCGAUGGGUUCGAAGUAGCCCGGCUGCUUUCCUUCACACACUGUCCCCAACGCUCGGUGCACUUUGGAAAGCAGUAUUCACCCGGGCAACUUUCACUCCUUCAAUGGCUCUCUCCCCCGGACGUGCCCUCGCGAGGCUGGCUGCCAGAAUUCCCCUAAAUCUAGCGUGCUGCGUGUCGUCGGGCGGGAAUGCUGCAGGUGGGGUGCAAAAGUCGGGGCAGUUCGCCUCUGCUGUGCAGGAAAUGACCGCCUCAGAACUGUCACCGGAUCGGAGUACUGUGGUUUUAUAGUAAUAACCUGCAGACUUUUACCUAAUGUGCACUCAUGUACAGGUUAUUAAAAGUUUUGAAAUGUAGCUGAUUAAUCAGUAUUUGAUCAAUCAUUGUCUUUUUUUUUUAAUUAAAAUGUAUAUUUCUAAUCAUAUUUUUUUAAAGCCGAGAGAACUGGUUGGAUGUCUAUUUUCCUGAAGGUAUUUUUAAGACAAAAGCUUCACGAUGGCCUGUAAACUUUUUGCAUAUCUGUGCGGUUUGACGUGUAUUGUUCCAUUGGAAAAUACUGUGUAUUGUAACUAGUUUUAUACAAAACACUGCGUAGUGGAAACUGUGUAAUUACAAUCACGUAAUUAAAAGUAUUAAUCAAACAAACUUUUAGUUUAUUGCGUUCACUUUCCGAGUAUCCUGAGUUCUUUAAAUUAGUUUGCAAAGCCCGCCAGCGACAACGGACCACACAAAGUCCCCCAGUUCUGGAUCGGUGUGGGUUCUCCUUGGCUGGCAGAUGGGCACCUGCUCACCAGGCCCUCGCAGCCUCGCCUCUGCGCCUGCCCAUCCCUGGUGUCUGUCCGUGCGUCCUAGUCUUAGAAGGACAGGGCACCAGCCAGAUUGGGGUAGGGCCGCCCUCAGGCCUUUCUCACUCCAGGUGCAGUGAGAUGCAGAGGAUUAGGGCUUCAGCAUUUGAAUUUUGGGAACGUGGGAGAAAGACUUAGUGAGUGGGGAUCUGCUGCUAUGAAGUCACUCCACAAACACCCCCCACCGGCUCAGAUGCUGCAAAGGCUUAACCUUCUGGAGAGCCCGAGGCCUGUGGGUCACGGAUCCCUCAGGAGGACCGGUGGUAGCGCCCUCCACCACAUCACGCCUAGGACGCCAGCCUCUGCGCUCUUUUCUGCUUCCCUCCUGAUGGCCUUUUGCAGGGCAGGGUCCUAAGUCCCAGUGCCACCACCCCACAGAGGCUGUGUCUAGGACUGAGGACCUGAGGACUGUCCAGUUCCCAAGGAGCUGGAUUUUGCUUCAUGCUGGGAGAGGUAAACGCCGCAGAAACCUGCCUUCCCACCGCUGUCCCACGUGGCUCCCCAGCCUGGGAGCUGCCCGCUCGGGCCACCCCGGGGCUGUGCCGAGCAACACGCUCUCCGGUGGACCUGCCGACAGGCUCAGGCACUCGGUUUCAGCCUGGAGGCCCACUGUCCACGCCCAUUUAGUUGUGCAGAGCCAAUUAUUAAAUGAGAAUUAAAUUCCUACCUUAGCAGUUAGUUGAAGAAUUAAAUAAUACAUGCAUAGGCGGCAGUCAGUUCUUUUGUCACGCGUUUUGGCUAAGUGUAAAGCCUGAUUUGAAUAGAUCGCAGUCCCUCGGUGCUUCUGCUACGGGAGCCUAUGCUCCUUCAGAAAAGGUGAUGUGAUCUUGACUUUGAAGGUGGAAACCCGUCCACUGAGGGUGCUGAUGGGUAGAAAAGACCCCUUCGUGAGCCCCGGCAGUAACAACUUGAGAUGGCAAGUCCAGAUGAGCUGCGUCCCUGUGGCCUUCAGGAUCCUGCUGUUGGUCCAUCGUUAAAAGUGGGCUGCUGACCACCGAGGACUGUGACACCAACUCGGGUGCCCGUGGCGGGAGCUCUGCACACGUCCUUGCUGCCUGCGUACCUACCAUUCUCUGCCUCCCCCGUGUGAGCGCCCAGUUCCAGGCUCAUGAUGUCAACGGUUUGUUGGGGGAGAGAGCGGAAGCCCGCUCCAAUCCCCGGCUCCCUCCCUGGGGACGCUGGCCCCUGUGGCAGUGGAGGUCUUUCGUGGCAUACCAGCCACCUUGCCUUGUGUCUAACUGUGGUCGUGUCUUUGCCAGCAAGUGUGCGAGGUCCUGACACGCUCCAGGAUGCCAGGUGCGCCGUCUACGCUGAAGCCCUCAGGUAAGGAGGCUGCGGGUGGGAAAAGAGCCAGGAGAGGAGGCGGUGUGGUUUGUGUGCCGCUUGCUUUGCAGAAGGCCAUUGGUUUGUCCCCGGUGCCUGGGAACCAAGACGCCCGCUCAGGCAGGCAGGAUGACCGUCCCCGGCGUGGGACUUCCCAGAGGACGCAGCGGGUCUGGCAGAGCUGGCACCCCGCACCCACUCAGUGCCGCUCAUGUCCCCAGCCACCCACAGGCGCCUCCCCCCUGUGAACAGCCAACGUGAGGGAGCCCCACUGUCCCCACUCGGGAACUGCUGACUGGGCACCGUGACAGCUGCUGUAGGUACUCUGGGGACCUGCGGGAGUGAAGGAAGACUGGUUCCCUGUGGCAGAGGAAGGUG